AUGGCAGAUCUUGUUAAUUAUGGGAAUCCUGAGCGUGACAUUGAACAAGCACUAGUUACUUUGAAAAAAGGCACUCAAUUAAUCAAGUACAGCAGGAAAGGGAAACCCAAGUUUCGUGCAUUCAGACUUUCUCCGGAUGAAACGACAUUGAUCUGGUUCUCGCAUGGACAAGAAAAGAAUCUGAAAUUGUCUUCUGUAUUGAGAAUCAUCCCUGGACAGAGAACUGCUGUGUUUAGAAGAUACUUGCGCCCUGAAAAGGAUUACUUGUCAUUUUCACUUCUAUAUAACAACGGUGAAAGAUCUCUCGAUCUGAUUUGCAAGGACAAAUUUGAGGCAGAGGUGUGGCUUGCAGGCCUCAAGGCAUUGAUUGGAAAAAGUCAUAACAGGCGUACAAGAAGCAAUAUUUCAGAUCUAACUGAUGGUGGGGAGCUAUAUCAAAAUGGCCGUCCUUUUGGUGCAACUCUAGAGUUCACCUCAAGUCUUGCCCGUGGCAGGGUGUCCAUUGAUUUAGGUUCUCGUGACACUCCUUCGAAUCCGAGAAGCUCAGAUGUGUCAGAACGUUCAAGUAUGCAACUAAGAGGAAGUACUGGAGGAGAUGGUUUCCGAAUUAGUGUUUCAAGCACUCCUAGCUGUUCGAGUGCUGGAUCCGGUCCAGAUGACAUAGAAUCAUUGGGUGAUGUUUAUGUAUGGGGAGAAAUCUGGAGCGAUGUUUUUCCUGAUGGGUCUGUGAGCUCAGUUCCUACGAAGAAUGAUGUGCUUACUCCUAAACCCUUGGAAUCAAACGUAGUUCUUGAUGUUCAUCAAAUUGCUUGUGGUGUGCGCCAUGUUGCUCUUGUAACAAGGCAAGGUGAGGUUUUCACCUGGGGAGAGGAAUCUGGGGGGAGACUUGGUCAUGGAAUUGAACAUCACUUUACUCGUCCUAAACUCGUCGAGUCUUUGGCAGUCACUAACAUUGAUUAUGUUGCAUGUGGCGAGUAUCAUACAUGUGCUGUCUCUACAUCUGGUGACUUAUUUAGCUGGGGUGAUGGUACCAAUAAUGCUGGACUUCUUGGUCAUGGGACUGAUGUUAGCCAUUGGUUACCAAAAAGAGUUUCAGGUCCUUUAGAAGGACUUCAGGUUUUAUCUAUCGCAUGUGGAACGUGGCAUUCAGCCUUGGCAACUUCAAACGGAAAAUUAUUUACAUUUGGCGAUGGAACAUUCGGUGCAUUGGGCCAUGGAGAUCGAGAAAGCGUUUCGAUUCCCAAAGAAGUUCAGUCGUUAAGCGGACUAAAGACCAUAAAAGUUGCAUGUGGUGUAUGGCAUACUGCAGCUAUAGUAGAGGUAAUGAGCCAAUCUGGUUCAAACAUUUCAUCUAGAAAGCUGUUCACCUGGGGUGAUGGUGAUAAGCAUCGUUUGGGCCAUGGAAACAAGGAUACUUAUCUCCUUCCCACCUGCGUAUCUUCCCUUAUUGACUACAACUUCCAACAGUUAGCAUGUGGACAUACAAUGACAGUUGCCCUCACUACCUCAGGUCACGUGUUUACCAUGGGUGGCACUGCAUAUGGUCAGCUAGGCAAUGCAAGCUCUAAUGGAAAGAACCCUUGCUUAGUACAAGAUAGGUUGGUUGGUGAAUUCGUUGAAGAAAUUUCUUGUGGGGCAUAUCACAUUGCUGUCUUGACAUCAAGAAGUGAAGUAUUCACUUGGGGGAGAGGUUCCAAUGGACAGUUGGGACAUGGAGACACAGAAGAUAGGAAAAUUCCAACGAUGGUUGAAGCACUGAAAGAGAGGCAUGUCAAGAACGUAUCAUGUGGCUCAAAUUUUACUUCCAGUAUAUGCAUCCACAAGUGGGUUUCUGGAGCUGACCAAUCAGUUUGCUCUGGUUGUCGACAAGCGUUUGGUUUUACUAGAAAGAGGCACAAUUGUUACAAUUGUGGGUUGGUGCAUUGCCAUAAUUGCAGUUCCAAAAAAGCAUUGAAGGCAGCAUUAGCUCCAACUCCAGGCAAACCACACCGUGUGUGUGAUUCUUGCUAUGCAAAACUUAAAGCUGCUGAGUCUGGUAAUACUUCUACGAUUAAUAGGAAAACUACUGCUCCACGCCGCUCCAUGGACAUAAGGGAAAAAAUGGAUAGAGGAGAGCCCAGGUUCUCAAGAAUUUUACUGUCUCCCACCACAGAACCUAUGAAAUAUCUUGAGAUCAAGUCAGGAAAGCCAGGGGCACAAUCUGAGUCUGCUUCUAUAGUCCGAAUUUCACAAGCUCCGUCACUUUUACCACUAAAAGAAAUUGCAUUUCCAGGUUCACUAAGUGCUCUUCAAAAUGCACGGAAGCCUAAUGUUCCUUCAAUGCCUCACCCGACUGCUAUCUCAUCUCAGCCCGCUGCCAACUCAAGACCUUCUUCACCAUACUCGAGAAGACCAAGUCCUCCACGCUCUGCCUCUCCUGGAUUCUCUAGGGGUGUUAUUGAGAGCCUCAAGAAAACAAAUGAGAUUUUCAAACAAGACAUGACAAAAAUGCAAAACCAAAUUAAAACUUUGAAGCAAACGUGUGAUAACCAAGAACUGGAGAUACAUAAUCUAGAAAACCGUGCCAAAGAAGCUGCAAAAUUGGCUGCAGCAGAAUCUUCCAAGUCUAGCGCAGCCAUUGAAUUCGCCAAAUCCAUUAAAAAAGAGUUGACGGAGAUGAUGCAGCAGUUGCCUCGUGAGGCUCAUGAAAGUGACACCUUGAAAGCCAUUGAUUCUAAAAUAGAAGAUUUUCUAGAAAAAAAUAGAGCAUCUGAAAGUUCUUCCUUGACAGAAAGCUUAGGGUCUGACCACCAAAAUGCAUCAGAAUCAAGUCCUUUGACCAAUGACUCCUCAAACUUUCUGGAGCAAACGAUGGAAGACCAAACACAUAGCGUGAGAGCUACUGAGUUGUCCCAUAAUAAUGAAAGUGUCCCCGGGGAAAGCAGCAGAUCAUCUGUUUCUCAUACGGCAGAGGCUGUACUUGGAGAAAGCUUGGACAACGAGCCCAGAAAACCUACAGCUUCAGCAACGAGAGAUAAAGCACAAACAGAAAUUAUUGAACAGUUUGAACCUGGGGUUUAUGUGACUGUCAUUCUACAUCCCAAUGGCGUAAAGAUCUUCAAGCGAGUCAGAUUCAGUAAAAGAAGGUUUCAGGAGCAGCAAGCAGAAAUAUGGUGGAAGGAAAACAAGGAUAGACUGCUUAAGAAAUACAGUCCGCCAACAAUAAAUGUCAGUCUGGCUGAAGGACCAUCUACCCCGGUUGGAUCAUCUUCUUCUCCAGCUCAUACUGAGGAAAGUGAGGCAGGACCAACAACAGAAACAUAG